CGUACAGGCCUACUGUACCGGGAUGUAUCAACAGAUAGGUUUAGUGUGCAGACGCGUCGCCAUUACCUAACUUCACCCGUAUGUCAAUUCACGGAUUUUGAUCUGUUUUGGGAGGAGUAACAUCAUCAGAACCGAGUCCUAUUCGACAAGUGAGAACCCAGACUUUCAGCAUGGCGGUGUCUGGAGCCGCGGGUGCGAGGGCCGCCAUGUUACACGUGCCCCGCAAUCGACGACGCAGCAGCACCGCCAGCUACGCCGACUCGUCCGGCCAUGGCACCCCACGCACGCCCUCUAUUGCCCCCGCCGAAGGUCUGGAGUACGACAAUCGGAACGGUCGGCCGCCAGACCUGGAAGGUGAAGGGAACGAGAAGAUAUCUGAUAUCUAUAUGAGUCGGAGGUACGGUGCAGAGGUCAAUGCCAAGGAUACAUUGAUUGCUGUGGAACAGUGGAAGCGAAACCAAACAGAUAGCGACAAGUUAUCCAAGGCACAGAAGAAGCGAAGGGAAUAUGAGUAAGUACCGACAACUCUUUUGUUAACUUUCCAUCUGACGAAAACUUAAGUGCACAACUCGAAACGCUGAGGGGAUCCAUGAUUCAAUAGCCCUGACCCCUGUGACAUUAUGACGUCACGCUUUGUUUACAUGUGGGCUUUCUCAGUUACGGGAACCAGGUUGGAGACGAGCCACCAAAUUCUGAUAGAAUGCAUAUACACAAAACUUAAAAUUAUCAAAAAAGGAGCAACAUGUUUGUGUCUUGUACGUUUCUACGGUUGCUGGGCACAAAAGUUUUUCCUUGGUGUUACCGUUUCGAGAAAAACAUGAGAUAUUAGAGACGUUGCAUUUUUGUUUUAUUGGACUUGACUUUAGGUAAAUUUCUAUCAAGGACGCCAACAGUGUAUGCUUUAAACUUUCUUCCAACUACUUUACAGCAGGUCAGAUGAUAAAUGUUUAUCUAUAAAAAAGUUCUCAAAUGUGUUCCCGUAAGCCGUCUGUUAUUUUCAUAGAACGAUGCAGUGAUUUCGAAUGCUGUGUGAA